CUUGAAGGGCUGGUAAGAGAGACGACAGAGGCGCAGAGCCGCCGGACGCAGCAUAGACCGUAGAUCUCAGGCGCUGAACACUUAGGUCGGACGCCCUGUUGUAUUGGCGGGUGGUGGUAGAAGACUAGAAGCCACCAGUCUGAACAUCGGACUCCAAAUGCUAGAUCACCAACGGCCCAAUCCAACAAAUAUAUCAAUGUAAAGUGUGGUGCUGACUUUUUACAUUCAAAUGGCGAUGAUGAUGCAACACAUAUCAAGGAGAAUCUCAAGGCCUUUGACCUUUUCAAUGGCCAAUCUCCUCAACCAUCCCGUUUCUUCAACACAAAACCACUGUUUCAGUAGCGUGCCUCAUAGAACAAAUCUCCGACUUCAGGAAUUAGUGAUUCCAGGUGAUUUCCUGAGGUGGGGUUCUCUUGGUUUCUGCAGAAACUCGAGAUUUGCUACUGGGUUCAUACCUCUACAGCGAAAACCAUUGGAUUCAAUCAUGGACCUUGAGAGGGCAAAAAACCGCUCGCCUGAGGAUCUGGUUUCCAUCUGGGAUGAUUAUCAUUUGGGAAGGGGUCACAUUGGGUCAUCCAUUAAGGCGAAAUUGUACCAUUUGUUGGAGCAAAGAUCAAGUACUUGCCGACAUUUUGUCAUUCCUUUGUGGAAAGGAAGCGGUUAUACAACAAUGUUUAUUCAAGUGCAGAUGCCUCACAUGCUUUUCACUGGACUUGAGGAUUACAAAGCAAGAGGAACUCAAGCUGCUCCAUACUUUACUGUAACCUAUUACACUGAAUUUGCAGAGAGUAAGGAUGUGGUACUUAUUCGUGGGGAUGUAGUAUUCACUAGCAAGCUUACUGAUGCAGAAGCUCAGUGGCUUUUGGAGACCACCCAAUCCUUCUAUCAGAAUGAUGUCAGAUACAAAUUGGUUGAGCGGUUCAACAAAGCGACCCAUGAAUUUGAGUUCAACGAUGUAUUGCAAGCACUGGAAAUGCCUAUUGGAUGAGCUGUCAAUUUGACUGCCUACGGGGUUUGUCCCUCAUGGAUUGUUGGGGGUGGUGGAGUUGGGUUUACUCUUGAGAUACAUGUUUUGAUUGUUUUUUGCUGGUUAAUAAAGACUUGGAAUGCAUAUACUCUCAAAGAUCUCAAAGUUUUUUGGUGUAGCCUCAUCCCAGAGGGUUCCGGGUUUCCAUUCAGGAGAUGUUUCAUUUCAGUGAACUAUGACAACUGUAUUAUAUUUACCCAAACUAUAAAUUGGAUAUUUCUGAACAUCUUGAUUGAAUUGGCAGAA